AUGAGUUCAAGUUCAUUCCCGGGUUGGGACAGCAUGUCCUCGGCGGAACAGGCAGACAUCCUCGCUUCUCCCGCUCUUGCAGCACCCAACGGCACCGUGUCCAAUCUCAUCAACCCACCGAACCGUAAUGAUAUCGGCAUUCCGGUAAUGGCGACUUUCUUCGCACUCGUUAUCAUCACCGGUCUGCUUCGUCUGUACUCGAGAGUUUUCGUCGUUCGGAACAUGAAGCUUGAAGAUUAUCUUGGUUUCACUGCAUAUUGCUGGGACGUCUUUGCAAUGGUCAAUGGUAUUUACUCUACCGGUGCACUUGAUUUGCGACAUGCACAUGCUGACGACCUUGUCCAGUGGAUAUGGAUCUAUCGACUCAUCUACGCAGUGGUCAUGCUUUUCGCCAAAGCUGCCAUUCUUCUGGAAUGGAGGCAUCUUUUUGUCCCAACAAGAACAAGAAACUGGUUCUUCUGGGCCACGACGGCAAUGAUUGUCGUCAACACAGUUGCCUACGGCGUGGCCAUCAUCAUGACCUGCCGCAGGUGCAAUCCACCAAAGAAGAUUUGGCAGCCAUGGGUGGACGGUACUUGCGCGGAUCUGUACUCGCAAAAGUCUACUGACAUUGCGACUUCAUACAUCAACCUAGUCAUGGAUAUUGUCAUCUUGCUGUUGCCACAACCGGUCAUCUGGAAACUGAAAUUGACAAAGCAACGUCGGAUCGGCGUUUCGCUUGUGUUUUCUCUCGGUGUCUUUGUUCUCGUUUGCGCCAUAGGGCGUAUUCAUUCCAACACGGUAAUGGACUACAUUGCAAAUUCAACCCGAGGCGGUGCAAUCAACAUGAUCUGGGCCUACGGUGAAGCUACCUUUGUCAUGGUGGUGUUUGCAUCUCCCGGAAUUCCGAGAGCUUUUACAAAGCAGGCAUGGGUUGUGUCUCUCGUCUCGACGUUCCGAUCGUGGACAAGACUUGGAGACAGUACUAAGGGCAAUAGCAACGGCUCUGUAUGGGCCAGGAAGACACCGCCGUCGUGGAGCAUUGGUGGUAGCAACGGCAAACGGCGAAAGCCCACCCAGUCAGACCUGGAUCUAAUGGAGACGCGGGAUGCCGAGAAUCUCGAGUCAGGCUACAACAACUACCCGUCCAGCGUUUCCGAGCUAGCCAAGUUACCGGGGGACGGCACUUGGAAUACCGCAAUAAUAGAGAUGGAAGAAUCCGCUAGAUUCAACGCAUCCAGCGCUCGAGGGCUUGGACAGCAUGGCCCCUAA